GGAAGGCAGGCCAAGGAGGAAAGAGCCCGGCCUCCCCGGUCCUCGCAACUACAACUCCCAGGAUGCCGCGGCGCAGGCUCCCUGCGGGUGCAGGCUGGGCUCAGCUCCGCUGGACCCGCGCUGGGGAACUCUGGCCUCGCUGCACUCAUGGCUUCUCCUAGCAAGGCAGUGAUUGUUCCCGGGAACGGAGGCGGGGAUGUGACCACCCACGGCUGGUAUGGCUGGGUGAAAAAGGAGCUGGAGAAGAUACCUGGUUUCCAGUGUUUGGCUAAAAACAUGCCCGACCCAAUUACAGCACGAGAGAGCAUCUGGCUGCCCUUCAUGGAGACAGAGCUGCACUGUGAUGAGAAGACUAUCAUCAUUGGCCACAGUUCUGGGGCCAUCGCGGCCAUGAGGUAUGCAGAAACACAUCGAGUAUAUGCUAUUGUAUUAGUGUCUGCGUACACAUCAGACUUGGGGGAUGAAAAUGAGCGUGCAAGUGGAUACUUCACCCGCCCCUGGCAGUGGGAGAAGAUCAAGGCCAACUGCCCUUACAUUGUGCAGUUUGGCUCUACUGACGACCCGUUCCUUCCCUGGAAGGAACAACAAGAAGUGGCUGAUAGGUUGGAAACCAAAUUGCACAAAUUCACUGACUGUGGCCACUUUCAGAACACAGAGUUUCAUGAACUGAUUACUGUGGUAAAGUCUUUGCUGAAAGUACCAGCAUAGACUGUAUGAUUUCUGCUAUUUUGCAUCCCAAUAUAGGAGUAGAAUAAUAUCUACUAUCAGCUGAUUACUAGACACAUAGAACAUCCAGUUAAGUUCCAUAAGUGCCUGAAAAACAAACACAAGUUUCAACAUUCAAUCUAAGUUACAAAUAGCAUUUCCAUUUUCCAUAGACUCUAAAACUCCCCAAAUUGCUAUGAGCUACCACAGUAUUUUCCUCAUUUGAUAAGAAACAUAAGGACAGCUUAACUACCCUUCUCUAUCCGAAGUGAGUCAGAAACAGAACCCAGGUUUCCUGAUUCCCAAUCCUGAGUAAAAUUAAAUAGGUUUUAUGUAUGUUGCAGGUAUUGCACACUUUUCCUCUUUGAAAUCAAACUUUUCUAUUUCACUGGGGAAAGAAAACAUGACUGAAAGUCCAGAGUGUUAGCUUAGAGCUCAAAAUACUAGCUGCUGUUUCAAGCUGGCCCCGGACAUUAAACUCAGACUAGGGCCUUCACCUCUGACACUUGCCCCUAAGUCCUUCAGACAUGUUGAGAGAGACUGAGACAGGAGUCUUCCAGAGUCAGGCAGGAAGGAGAAGCACAGCAAUAUACAUUCAUAAUAUACGUACAACUGACUAGAUUUGUUUGAGACAAGAGUGGUGGGAUCAGAGCCAUGUGGAGAGCUCAUGGCCUGUCUAAAUUGUUGCCAUGUGGAAAUGGGGCAGAGUGUUGCCAAUUUUCUGAUUUUUGUGUGGAAAAAAAAUCUCCAAAUUGUAGUUUUUAAAUUUGGGGAAUGCAUAUAUAUAUAUAUAUAUAUAUAUAUAUAUAUAUAUAUAUAUAUACACACACACACACACACACACACAAUCCAUAUAAUAUACACACACACACACACACACACAUACAAUCCAUAUACAUAUGGAGUAUGUAAGUUGGCAAUAACAGUAUACAUCAAAAAAUUUACAAACACUGCAAGACAAAUAAAAUCCAAGCCAUCCAUUUGUGACCACAGUCAUAAGCAUUCACUUAGCCAGGGGCUUUUAGAUAAUUAUCUGUGAAGUCUGAGAAAAGACUAAGAUAACCAAGAUGAACAUAAUGUCAAAGGACGAAAUCAUGGGGACAAUUUGGAUUUUGUUCCAAAGACAAGUGUUUUUAAAAAGAACCUUUCCAUACUUCAUGUUCUGUUCUAUAGAGUUCAACCUUUUAACUUCCAUGGCCCUUUAGAUCUCUUUCAAGCACAUUCCAUUUUCUUCUGAUCAUACUUCCUCAGAAAACCUUUUUUUGGCUGGGUGUGGUGGCUCAUGCCUGUAAUCCCAGCACUGUGGGAGGCUGAGGUGGGUGUAUUGCUUGAGGCCAGGUGUUUGAGGCCAGCCAGGGCAACAUAGCAAGACCCCAUCUCUACAAAAUAUUAAAACAUUAGCUAGGCAUGGUGGUGCACACCUGUAGUCCUAGCUUCUUGGGAGGCUGAGGCAGGAUUGCUUGAGCCCAGGAGUUUGAGCCUUCAGUGAGCUAUGAUCGCGCCACUGUACUCCAUCCUGGGUGAUGGAGUGAAGAACCUGUCUCUUAAAAAAAAAAAAAUUUUUUUUUAAUUAAAAAAACACACGCUUUUUCAUUUCCCAACAUUUUUUGGCUAUUAUGAUCGCUAUGUGUUACUUCAAAUAAUUUCCAGUGAAUCCACACUUGAUGUUGCAAAGCCUAAGUUUGCUGCAGAAAUAUAAUUUCCUACACUUCAUGCCUAAAGGAGAUUCAGAGCUAUCGCUCAAAACCAAAAGUCUUCGUUUUUAAAUGUGCUUAGACAAAAAAAUCAGGAAAGGUACCCUAAUCGUUCAACAGCAAUCAUCUUUGGGGAAUGGGCAUUUUGGUAGGUACAGUGUGGUGGACGUCCUUAUUAUUAUUUUUGAGACAGUGUCUUGCUCUGUCUCCCAGGCUGGAGUUCAGUGGCACAAAUCUCAGCUCACUCUAACCUCCGCCUCCUGGGUUCAAGUGAUUCUCAUCUCAGCCUCCCAAGUAGUGUGAACUAAAGGCAUGUGCCACCACGCCUGGCUAAUUUUUGUAUCUUUAGUAGAGACAGGGUUUCACCAUGUUGGCCAGGCUGGUCUCGAACUCCUGGCCUCAAGUGAUCCACCCACCUCAGCUGCCCAAAGUGUUGGGAUUACAGGCAUGAGCCACCAUGCCCGGCCCCUUAUUUUACUUUAUCCUCCUGAUUAUUUGAAUUUGUUACACUAAGCAUGUAUUUUAUAAUCAAAAAUAAUUAAGACUAUAAUCAAAAUUAAGACUAUAAUUAAGAUUAUAAUCAAAAAUAAUAUUUGACUACUAAAAAGCAAAUUAUAUAAAUCAGUUGAAUAAUAAUGUUGUUAAAGAGGCUGUUUAGCACUAAUUUGACCAAAUCUAUAGUCAAAGUUUGAUUCUACUUGAAUUUUUUGGAAAUUUGCUGUUGUGUUACUUAUUCUUUGCCUUGUUCUCUGUGAAGUCCUUUCCUAAAAAAAAAAACUUAUACAAUUUAGUUCACAAAACUUUGUUGACCUCUUUCUCUGUAGAAAUGAAAACUAAAUAUAUAUAAUUGAGAAAUAAUUCUGAUACUCUUCAUUCCUAUAAAAGUAAUUAAGAUAGACCUAUAGGAUUGUUGAACUUUGCUGCCAAAUAUAGUAACCAGUAACCACAGCUAGCUGUAAAAUUGAAAAUUCAGUUCAGUCAAACUAGCCAUAUUUCAAGUGCUCAACAGCCACUGGUGGCUAUUGGUUACCUUACUGACCAGCCAAUAUAGGCUAUUUCCGUCAUUAUAGAAAGCUCUAUUGGACAACAUUGGUCUAGGACAUAUAUUUUGUAUUUUCCCCUCACCCACCAUCCAAUAAUGAGUAAUAGCACAAAGUAAAAGUGACUUAAUUUGAAAUUACUUCUGUUUGGCUAGUUUGCUUGGCUGAUCACCACCAACAUCAUAGGUCUAUAAAUCACCCAACUAAGAUCAGGGGUGUUUCAUGGGAAAAUCCACACAAACUAUUCAUUAAAAACCAUAGAGCCAUGGACUGUCA